UGUAGACUGUACUAACCGACCGUCGAAGGAGCCUGUGUUGCAGGUUUUUCGCUUCGGGGAAAGGGAAUUGCUUCCUUUACAUCAGCGAGCGUCCUUCCCCUCUGGCAUUUACAGCAAUCAUGGUUUCCCUCCACGGGGCUGCUGAGGAGACAGCUUUGCUGGAAACUGCAGAAAUGAAGCUGCCAGCUGGAAACUUGAGUGCAGGAUCCGCAGGAAGUAGGAGAAGUCUGAGACAGCAUACUGAGAUGGGAAAAUACAGGAGCCUGCAUUUUCCUUGGAGUGUGUCAUUGCCAGUUAAUGACAGGAAGGAGAGCAGAGAGGUGACGUAGACCAGGAUGAAUGCAGCAAGCUACAGGAGAGACGGACAGCACAAACCCGGUGAGACAGGACAGGCCCUGAAUUUGAGAGAGAUUUGCUUCGACUACUGUCAUGUAAAGUGUCUGAAACAUCACAUGGUUCUGUUCCUCAAGCCUGAAGCUGGUGUGAGUUUACAGCAGGGACAGAGUGGAAGCAUCCGCCUGCAGGAGAAACGCACAUCCACGCCCUGCAUGCUGGUCAAUAUCCGACCUGCUGAAGUGCCCUUGAGCAAGUAUCCCUACCAGGCUGACCUCUGACCCCCCCCCCCCCCCGCCCCCCGGUGGAGCGCGCAUGAGAGCAGGCUUCCCCUGCAGAGUGAAAAAAGUAAAGGGAGAAGUGUGAGGAAUAAGUGGAGAUGUAAGAACCGUUUGAAAGAGCAGCGGGUGAAGAAGGGGUGUGGGCUGCUGGGUGUCGCUGCUGAUGUCACACCUCCCAGACAGCCAGGAUUGGACCCUAAUUAGAAAGCUCGGCAGCAAAUAGAUAGGAGUCCUGCAUGACUGAAUUCAAAGUGGCUGAUGCCAAAAUUUCUGCAGAGGCGCGGAAAACUGCCGGAGAGGAGCGGAGCAGACGGGGCGCCGGUAUCAGCGCCGCGGAGAGCUGCCACGCUGCGCUGCAAACAGUCUGUCCGUGAGCUGGAGGCGAGCUGGAGUUUCAGAGGUGAUACACGAACAGCAAGACGCGCUCCCCCCCUGGUUCGGAGGGAUAGAAAAAGGAAGGAGAGCCGAAAAUACAGUCCGAGUCUACGUCAAACCCGAGGACGCUGCGUUAUCAGAGAGCAGCGGAGGCUCAAGCGAGACAAGUACAAAGGAGAGUCGAGCCGCCGGGUCCAAGUUAUUCCUGCGCUCCGCUCCAGAGGCUGCGCUGAUGGCAUCCGUACUUGGAAACAACAGCCGCGCGUCCGGGGCUCAGAGCGGACAGGUCAAAUGCAAGUUGAAGAGGAGGAGGAGGAGGCGAUCUAAGAGAAAAGAGAAAGUCAGUAUGCUGUCAGCAUUGAUCGCUCCCUUCAAGUACAUAAGCCCUGGGACCAGCAGCACAGAGGACGAGGACAGUUUAAGUACCAGCAGCGCAGAGGUAAAGGAAAACCGUAACAUCGGGAACUUAGAGGAUCGGACCUUAGGAUCUGCAGAGUGUCAGUCGCUUUUCUGCUCCGACUCUACGAGAAGCGGCAGCUCCGGUCUGAAGAGGAAACGGCCGCUGGAGGAGGACAACAACGGACACCUGUGUCAACUCCGUCUGAUCUAUAAGAAACUGUCGUGGUCCGAGGCUCCGAAGAACGCUUUGGUGCAGCUGAACGAGCUCCGGCCGGGCCUGCAGUACCGCAUGGUGUCUCAGACGGGCCCGGUGCACGCUCCGGUCUUCUCCAUCGCUGUGGAGGUGAACGGGUUGACCUUCGAGGGCACAGGCCCCACAAAGAAGAAAGCUAAGAUGAGGGCCGCCGAGCUAGCCCUCAAGUCCUUCAUCCAGUUCCCCAACGCUCCUCAGGCCCACCUCGCCAUGGGAAACAUCUCCAACCCUUCGGCCGACUUCACGUCAGACCAGGCGGACUUCCCUGACACGCUCUUUAAGGAAUUCGAGUCUUCGCCGUGCUCCAAUGGCCUCUCGCUCUGCAGCUCAGCCGCCGAGAGCGAGCUACUAUCGAGCGAGCUGCUGAGACACGGACGGUUGCUUCGCCACACCUUGGACCUGAUGGUGCAGGCUCAGCAGAGACUGGGUGGGAUUGUUCCAGAGCCUGAGGCCCCCAAGAGCCCCGUGGCGCUGUUAAAUGAGCUCCGGCCGGGCCUGCGCUACGCCUGCCUCUCGGAGCGAGCCGAGGGCCGACGGCUGCGUAGCUUUGUCAUGGCCGUGCGUGUGGACGGACGGAUAUUUGAGGGCUGCGGUCGCAGCAAGAAGCUGGCCAAGACCCAGGCGGCCCAGUGUGCUCUUCAGGCCCUCUUCAACAUCAGGACAGCCCCUGAGGGGAGGACAGGCGUCAAAGCCAGCAGGAAGAGUUGUCCUCAUUUACCCCAGGACUUUGCCGAUUCAAUAUUCCACUUGGUGAGGGAGAAGUACCGGUCGCUGGUGGGCGGCUGCAGUCCUGCGCACGCUCAACACAAAUCCCUGGCAGGCAUCGUAAUGACCCGAGGGCUGGACCUGAGGCACGCCCAGGUGGUGGCGUUAUCCACGGGCACCAAGUGUAUCAACGGGGAGUACCUGAGCGACCAGGGACAGGUGGUGAACGACGGCCACGCCGAAGUCACGGCGCGCAGAGCCCUGCUACGCUUCCUCUACUCACAACUCGAACUCUUCUUAAGUAAAAGGCCGGAGGACUGGGAGGAGUCGAUAUUCGUGCGGCACAAGGAGUGCGGCUACAGGUUGAGAGACAACGUCCAUUUCCACAUGUACGUCAGCACCUCGCCGUGUGGCGACGGGAGACUCAACUCGCCCUACGAGAUCACCACUGACCUUCACAGCAGCAGACACCUCAUGAGGAAGCACCGCUGCCACCUGCGGACCAAAAUCGAGUCGGGCGAGGGAACCGUGCCGGUGCGAUGUCGUGGGCCCGUCCAGACGUGGGACGGCGUCUUGCAGGGCGAGCAGCUCAUCACCAUGUCCUGCACCGACAAGAUCACCAGAUGGAACGUCCUGGGCCUGCAGGGGGCGUUGCUGAGCCACUUUGUGGAGCCGGUGUACCUGCACAGCUUGACCGUCGGCAGCCUGCGCAACACGGGUCACCUGGGCCGGGUUCUGAACCAGCGGCAGGAGCGUCUGGGCCCGCUGCCCGUCGCAUUCAGACGUAACCAGCCUCUGCUCAGCGGACUGAGCAGCGCCGAGUACCAGCAGCCGGGGAAGGCCUCGUGUGUGAGCGUCAACUGGACGCUGGGCGACGCACAGCUGGAGGUGGUCAACACAGCCACAGGACGGAGACGGGACUCAGGGACAUCCUCACGUCUCUGCAAGCACACCCUGUUCACCCGCUGGAGCAGACUUUACCGCAAAAUGGGGAUCCACGGGUCCGGCUCGGCAGACCGCCCGCUCAUGUACUGCGAGGCCAAGAUGGCGGCGCGUCUGUACCAGACAGUGAAGCAGCAGUGGUUCAGGUCUCUGCAGGAAACGGGUCUCGGCACCUGGGUGAAGAAACCACCUGAGCAGGAACAGUUCCUGCUGUCGGUCUGAGGACCUGCGUAUGUGUGAGCGAGUGUGUGUGUGUGUGUGUCUAACCUUUAUUUUUUUAGAGUAAGACGACUCCUCACCAACAUCCGGAUUCACACCUUCGUACCUGGAGGUUUCUGUAAACUCGAGUCUAUCACCCCCCAUACGUCACCCACUCUUUACAGAAAAGUGGGGGGCGGGGGCAACAAACACACACCUACAUACCCCCCACCCCCCCGGCUGUCAGGGAAGGGUGGGGUAACCUUGAGCAGAAUGAAAGGCAGCCGCUAUCUUGUCAUCAGCUAUUUCCGGGCCCCGAGGCUCCCGCUGAGUAUCCGAGCCACGGGGGAGAGAGGGGGAGAGCGAGGGGGAGAGAGGCCCACGUCCAAUUACCGGCCCUGUCAGGGUGACGGCUGAUAGAGGAAGAGGAAGAGAGAGUGAGAAAAAGAGAAGGACAGAGCGUCGCCUCAGACCAGCCGUCCUCACCUUCGCCUCCCUCAUUUCCAUCCUCGUCCUCCCUCUCUGACUCACCCAUUGACUCCUGACGUCCCUCUCCUUUUGUCUCCAUCCCUCCCUCCUUUGCCCUCUUUCCAUCUUCUUCCUUCCAUUUCCCUCGCCUCCCCUUUGUCAGUCUCCCCUCCUUGCCGCCCCCCCCCUUUGCCUUUCAAGCACGGCAGAGUUCAACACGACACGACGACAGGUUAAUACACCCUCGUCUUCCCUCCCAUCCUCACCCCUCUGGGUAGGGAGGAGAAGGUGGUGAGGUACAUAAACGUAGCCAUUACAGCUGCUUGGCUGUGUACAGGUGGAGGUGAUGAUGGGGGGUGUUGUCCUGUUUUUCUCUCUUUCAUACUAAAUGUUUUUCCCCUCGCGGUCUGUCUUUUGACCUCGGACCUUCAGCCUGUUGUAGCCAACGACUCAUUUUCGGUCGUGACUCGUUAGCGAGGCCUCGUCGACUCCCUCUCUGUGUCAUGACCACCCUGAGCUGAUCAGAGUCGAGGUGGUGGAAAGUUCCCCGUCAGAGCCGUGGUCCACUCGAGGGAUUUUAUUUUUAGACUUUUAGUGGUACUACUCACUACCAUGUAAAUUUGAAUCUCACACUGUUUUUAUGUCUUUGCAUAUUUCAUGAUGUAAACACACCCCACGCGUGUGUGUGUGAUUUUCUUUAAUGAAGCUCAGUGUGUGUAUUCGUUCUGAUCAUGGCCGUGUUGUUGUGUCUCUGUGAGGCCGCCUGCACGGCUCAGUCAGCGGCUCGGGUCUAAGUAGUGAGAGUGACAUCUAGUGGUGCUCCGGUGGUUCUGGAUCACGAUGAUCCCCAGUGAGGGGACAGUCUGUCAGACUGGAGUCAGGUCUGAGGACUGAGCCCUGAGAUCGGUGUGUGAGGACGGUGAUUUUUAGAUUUCAGAAUGUGACGCUGUAUCAGUCGGGCUCGUUAAUCAGCGUUACAGUUCUGCAGUUACAGUUUGUUUUUAAAGCUCCAGAAAAUCAGAUUUCAAAUUUGAAGUAUUUUCUAUAGCAUUAAAGAUUCAGUUUGUAAAAAGAAAAAUCUUCAUGAUCAUUUAUUGGGAGUUCAGCAGUAAAAAGCUAAAGCUGCUUCAUCAGGCGGGAACAGGAUCUGGUCCUCGGUUUUCUGUGCCCGAGUUAGUUUGUUUAAAUUUGAUUAAUCACAACUUCAUUUUGAAAAAAACAGCCUGUACACACAAUAUAAUGAAAACAACAAUAUGGACAAAACAAGAUAACAAAACAAUAUUAAUUCAAAUAAUAAACGUCUGAGAACGAGAUAAAGUCACAACAUGACAACCUAACAGAAGUUAACUGAUGAAAGAAAAACUUUCAUUACUUAAUGUCGAACGUCAGUGAUUUUAAAUCUCCUAAAACAUCUGCUGUUUACCAGAUUACCAAAACCAGAUGCCAUCCAGAGAACCUGGGACUCUUGGGAGCCCGGAGCCCGGGGCCCGUGGCUGUCAUCUGGCCUUUGUUAGCGGCAGCUUCAGUAAAAAGACACGUGAAGUCGGUUCUCACACUGUGUUUACACCUGAGUCUGUUUUCCCGUAGCAGCAAAGAUCAGAGUCUGUGUAAAUGUCGGUGUGUGUGUGUGUGUGUGUGUGUGUGUGUGUGUGUGCAUCACAGCAGAGAGCAUGUGAUGGUCAUCGUCAGCCUGCCCGCCAUAACUUCAGACAUGACGCCGUUUGUCGACACGCAGUACGCCACGUCUCCUGUACGACUGUAUGAGCCGUGAAAACAGAUUCACAGAUUUAUUUUGACAGAUAAUAAAUAUAAGGCAUGUCUGAAUGGCAAUAGUAUCUAUGAGUGUACAUAUGUAAAAUAAGAUGUUGACAGAUGUGAAAGAGAUGAAAUAAAAUGUCUAAUUAUGAUGUAAAUUAAAGUGAAUGGCGAACUGCUGCUAAGGUCUGUAAAUUGCUCCAGUAACAAAUAAAAAAGUGAAUGUUUGUACGGUAUAUGUGAAUAAAACCACAAA